AUGGAUCGAGUUUUCCAACUGGCGGCGGAGAGGCCGGUGGUGGUGUUCAGCAAGAGCACGUGCUGCAUGUGCCACACCAUCAACACCUUGUUCUUCGACUUUGGCGUCAACCCCACCGUCUACGAGCUCGACCACAUCCCCGGUGGCCGUGAGAUCGAGCAGGCACUGGCUCGGGAGAUCGAGCACGCACUGGCUCGACACGGUGCUGCCAAUGAUUUUCCUGUGGUGUUCAUCGGCGGGAACCUUGUUGGUGGCGCCAAUGAGAUCAUGACCCUCCAUCUCAAUGGUUCCUUGUCUGGCAUGCUCAAACGAGCUGGUGCGCUUUGGCUCUGA